AUGAACGCCGAGGAGGAGCAGUAUUUCUCGGCCAGCCAGCUCUACAAGGAGCCCUGCGCCUUCCAGAGGUCCCAGGACUACAGCCCCAGCCCCCCCGCCUGCCUCUACAUGGGCAGGCAGCCCCCGCCGCCCUAUGCCAACCUCCUGGGGUCUUUGGAGCAAGGCAGCCCGCCGGACAUUUCCCCUUACGAGGUGCCCCCCAUCGCCGAAGAGCCGGGCCUCGCCCACCUCCACCACCACCCUCACCACCUGCCCCCUCCUCCUCCGCACCAGGAAGCCUUGCCCGCCUUUGGAGAGGGGCCCGACGCCGGGAUCUUGGAGGAGCCCCGCGGCCCCUUGCCCUUCCCCUGGAUGAAGUCCACUAAGGCCCACGCCUGGAAGGGACACUGGCCUGGCACUGGAGGGGCCUUCCUGGCGGAGCCGGAGGAGAACAAGCGGACGCGGACGGCGUACACGCGGGCGCAGCUCCUGGAGCUGGAGAAGGAGUUCCUCUUCAACAAGUACAUCUCCCGGCCGCGCCGCGUGGAGCUGGCCCUCCUCCUGAACUUGACCGAGCGGCACAUCAAGAUCUGGUUCCAGAACCGGAGGAUGAAGUGGAAGAAGGAGGAGGACAAGAAGCGGGGCGCCGGCGGGGGGCUGCGGGGGGCUGCGGGGGGAGCCCCAGAAGCGGCGCCCGAGCAGGACUGCGCCGUCUCCUCCGGGGACCCCCUCCCGCCCCACAAAGAGGAGGAGGAGGAGGAAGGCCAGGCCAAGGGCGAGGAAAGAGGGCCCCCUUCCCUCUCCCCCAGGGCUCAGAAGCACCCGCAGGAAGCGCGGUGAAAACAGAGCCAAUGGGACUCCGGGCAGGGAUUCAAGGAGACUUUGGGGAGGGACACGCUGCUCAAGGGAAGAGAAGGGCUGGGGGCAACAAGGGGU